AUGGUUUGUGGACGCAGGACAAGCUAUCACCCUACAAUCCGCUCGCAUUGCCAAACCCUACUGUCGUCCGAUGGAACCAACCUUCUCUCGCCCCAUCUCCUCCGCUUCUUCCUCUCCCCUUCCCUCCUCUCCCCACCCCUCCUCUCCCCUCCCCUCCUCUUCCUCUCCCCUCCUCUUCCCCUCCCCUCCUCUUCCCCUCCCUUCCCCUCCCAUCCUCUUCCCCUCCCUCCUCCUCCCCUUUUCUUCCCCUUCCCUCCUCCCACCUCCGUCCCCCACCCACUGUUGGUCCCUCUCUGCUCUACCCCACCUCCCAUCCUUCAACCCCCUCUCCUUCACCCUCCUUCCCCACCUACACCCCCCUCCCCCCCCUCACCCCCCUUGUGCGCCACCAGUCUGGACGACCCGGCGAAGCUCACAGCGCCCAUCAAGAGCGCAGUGGACAAGUUUGCGCUGCUGCCGGCCUUCCUCAAGGUGCGCGGGCUGGUGAAGCAGCACGUGGACUCGUUCAACUACUUUGUCAACUGCGACAUCAAGAAGAUCAUCCACGCCAAGGCCAACGAGCGCGUCACCUGCGACACCGAUUCCAACUUCUACCUCAAGUACUUGGACAUAUUCGUGGGCAAGCCGAGCGUGCAGGAGGACUAUGUGAUGGAGGAUAUCACCCCGCAGAACUGCCGCCUACGAGACAUGACCUAUGCGGCGCCCAUCACAGUGGACGUGGAGUACACACGUGGCAAGGAGAUCGUGCGGCGGGUGGGCAAAGACGGGCAGGGGGCGCUGCUGAUCGGGCGCAUUCCCCUCAUGCUGCGAUCAGACCACUGUGUGCUGCACGGCAAGAACGAGCAGGAGCUCGCCAAGCUAGGCGAGUGUCCCCUGGACCCAGGAGGCUACUUCGUGGUGAAGGGCGUGGAGAAGGUCAUUCUGAUUCAGGAGCAACUGUCCAAGAACAGAAUAAUCAUUGAUUCCGAUAGCAAAGGAGGGGUGGCAGGGUCAGUAACGAGCAGCACGCACGAGCGCAAGAGUAAGACCAACAUAGUCAUGAAGCACGGCCGCUUCCUGCUGCGCCACAACACCUUCAACGAGGAUGUGAACAUGGUGAUAGCGCUCAAGGCGAUGGGGGUGGAGAGCGAUCAGGAGGUGGUGCAGAUGGUGGGGCGCGACCCCAAGUACGCUGACCUCCUCGCUCCCACGCUGCAGGAGUCUGCAUCUGCCGGUGUCUUCACGACACAGCAAGCUCUUGAAUACUGCGCUACGAGAGUGAAGCAAGCCCGUCAAAUGUGGGGCCGUGCACGGCGGUCUAGAGUGGAUGAAGUGCGAGACGUGCUAGCAAACAUCGUGCUCUGCCAUGUGCCUGUGCACCGGUUUGACUUCAGGGAGAAGUGCAUGUUCAUCGCUGUCAUCCUGCGCCGCAUGAUGGAUGCUCUCAUCAACGCCGACGCCGUCGACGACCGGGAUUACUACGGCAACAAGCGUCUGGAGCUCUCAGGCCAGCUGGUCUCACUGCUCUUUGAGGACCUGUUCAAGCGCAUGAACAUGGAGCUGAGGCGACAGGCCGAUGCCAUUCUCUCUAAAUCCAACCGAGCCACACAGUUUGACAUUGCCAAGUGCAUUCGGCCGGACAUCAUAACAUACGGGUUGGAGCAUGCCAUCUCCAGUGGCAACUGGACAGUCAAGCGAUUCCGCAUGGAUCGCAAAGGAGUCACCCAGGUGCUGUCACGGCUGGCGUUCAUCGGGGCCUUUGGGCACAUGACGCGCAUCACAUCGCAGUUUGAGAAGACGCGUAAAGUCAGCGGCCCUCGCGCACUGCACCCCAGCCAGUGGGGCAUGGUGUGUCCAGCGGACACACCAGAGGGAGAGGCGUGUGGGCUGGUGAAGAACCUGGCGCUCAUGACGCACGUCACCACUGACGAGGAGGAGGCACCGCUCGUACGCCUCUGUCACAGUCUAGGAGUGGAGGACUUACACGUGCAGUCAGCGGAGGAGAUUCACGGUGCCUCCACCUACAUGGUUUUCCUCAACGGUCUCAUUCUCGGCGUGCACCGCCGUCCCCUCAAAUUCUCUGAUGCGUUGAGGAAGCUGAGAAGGGCGGGCAAGGUGCCGGAGUUUCUCAGCAUAUACGUGCACAGUGCACAGCGGUCGGUGAUUCUGGCGGCGGAUGGGGGGCGGGUGUGUCGGCCACUGGUGAUAGCAGACAAGGGCGUGUCGCGAGUGAAGAAGCACCACAUACAGGAGCUCAAGGAUGGCAUUCGCACGUUUGACGAUUUCCUGAGGGAGGGCCUUGUGGAGUACUUGGAUGUGAACGAGGAGAACAACGCACUGAUAGCGCUGUACGAGUGGGAGGCAACACCGGAAACGACGCACAUAGAGAUCGAGCCGUUCACCAUCCUGGGAGCAUGCGCGGGCCUCAUUCCCUACCCCCACCACAACCAGUCGCCCCGAAACACCUACCAGUGUGCUAUGGGCAAGCAAGCCAUGGGCAACAUGGCUUAUAACCAGCUCGGUCGCAUGGACACGCUUCUCUAUCUUCUCGUCUAUCCCCAGCGGCCACUGCUCACCACGCGAACCAUCGAACUCGUGGGGUAUGACAAGCUGGGAGCGGGGCAGAACGCGUCGAUCGCGGUGAUGAGCUACAGCGGGUACGACAUCGAGGACGCCAUUGUCAUGAACCGCUCCUCCCUUGACCGUGGCUUCGGCCGCUGCAUCGUCAUCCGACGCUACGCCACGAACAUCAAGAAGUAUGCCAACCGCACAUCAGACCGCAUCGUGGGCCCCACACUGGUCCCGGCGGGGAAGGGCGGGGCGGGCAUGGUGGUGCAGCCGCGCUGCCAGCUGCAGGACCACGACGGCAUCGCUGCCCCGGGGGAGUUCAUCCGCCCAGGAGACAUCUAUGUGAACAAGCAGAGCCCUUCGAAUACCAGAGACGCAAUUCUCAACCCCAUGGCACUUCCAGACACGUUUUACAAGCCGACCCCGUCGUCGUACAAGGGACCACCGGGCGAGACAGCGGUUGUGGAUAAGGUGCUGCUCACGAGCAACGAGGAGAACCACUUCGUCAUCAAGUGCCUCGUCAGACACACGCGCCGCCCCGAGCUGGGGGACAAAUUCAGCAGUCGGCACGGGCAGAAGGGAGUGUGCGGUAUCAUCCUACCCCAAGAAGACUUCCCUUUCACGGAGAAGGGCGUGUGCCCGGACCUGAUCAUGAACCCGCACGGCUUCCCCAGUCGCAUGACGGUGGGGAAGAUGAUAGAGCUCAUCGGGUCCAAGGCGGGCGUGCUAUCGGGCAAGUUCCACUACGGCAGCGCGUUUGGGGAGCCCAGCGGCCACGCUCACACUGUUGACGCCAUCAGCGCCACUCUUGUUUCCCACGGCUUCAGCUACUGCGGCAAGGACAUUCUCUACUCUGGGCUAUCGGGCGAGCCCCUCCAGGCGUACAUCUAUGCUGGCCCUGUGUAUUACCAGAAGCUCAAGCACAUGGUGAUGGAUAAGAUGCAUGCGCGUGCCAGGGGUCCCAGAGUGGUGCUCACAAGACAGCCCACAGAGGGGAGGAGCAGGGAUGGAGGGCUGCGUCUGGGUGAGAUGGAGCGUGACUGUCUCAUCGCGUACGGUGCCAGCAUGCUCAUUCUGGAGCGCCUCAUGAUCUCCAGCGACCAGUUCCAAAUACAGGUGUGCACCAAGUGCGGGCUGCUGGGGUACUUCCACCAGAAGCUGCGCGUGCCCAUGUGCUCGCUGUGCCGCACGGGAGAGCACGUGGCAGAGCUGCGCCUGCCGUACGCCUGCAAGCUGCUGUUCCAGGAGAUGACCGCCAUGAACAUUGUGCCCCGGCUGCAGCUCACAGAGGCGUAA